CUUGAGCCGUUGUAGAAAUGUCAACUGGAAUGACAAGUGUUUUGUUUAGUGAAGAAUGAUUAUUUCUGCGUUUUUGUGAAUAUUUUCGUCAAUAAUCAUGGAUGUGAACCAGCUGGAACAAUUAAUGCGCCAUUUGGCCAUUAAAGAGACUCGCACCAACAGUUUGGACGCGCUGGAAAGCAAGCUAGAUGAUAUAGAUAAGGAAAUAUACGAAGUUAUGCUGUGCUCCGAGGGCCUCUUCAAGUUUUUGGCCGAUGCAAACAGCGAUCAACACACAACAGCUUCGCGUAUCAUCUACGACAAAGCGCUGGAGUUUUACCCCAAAGGAUCGGUAGUUAUUGAUCAGUUUAUCGAACGAUGUCUGACCCAUCCAAAGAACACGGUGAAGCAGUUCGGCUUGCGUGGCUCUGCCGCCAUGGUAUACAAUUCAGCCGCAAUAUCGACGAACAACAUUCAGCUAAUUAUUCUGCACUGUCUGCCAAUGAAGGAGGUAUUCGUGAACACAUUGCUGAAUGUGUUGGUAAUAUGUUUGCCACCGAUUUUUACCGAACCUGCCGUACAGAAGAAUUUGCUGUCGGUGCUAACAUCUGACGAAACGGUUCGAUGUCGUGUGUAUGAAUUAGCGUGCACCAUAGUUGAGCAGCAUCCAGCGUAUCUGCCCGUUGCGGAUCCUAUCAUUAAACGCGCGCUGAUCGAUCUCGACAAGGAUGACGUCCUGCUCCAAACGAGCGUUUUACAGAUUCUGACCCAAUUGCUGACCACCAAGGAAGGGUAUGACUAUGUUGAGGCGCACGAUCUGUUCCGGAAGGUGUGCACAAGCUUUAUCCCGGACAAAGUAACACCGUAUGCGCGCUUCGUGUUGCCAAAUGCGUUGAAGUUUCUGGCCAGUGCGGCACUAAUACAGCCGGCUUUGUUUCUUGCCCGAUACCCCGAAUGGGUACAAUUCAUUUUCGAGUUGACAUCACCGGAAGAUCCGAUGUUGAUGGCCAUCGCGUACGACUGUCUAGGUAUGGUUGGCUCUACAAAUGAAGGAAAAGUUUUUCUCAACUAUCAAAAGGCAAAGAUGGAAAAGUUCUUGAAAGAAUUUCCGGGCGUACUACACUCAACGCUGGAAGCUUACAAGGUCCGGUUGAUCGAGUGCCUAACAAAUCUACUAUCGGGAGGCAACGAGCCGAUUGAUAAUAUGAUCUCGAGCAUUACCCAAGAAUGGUACGAAGCCAUGACAGACAGCCAAGACCUUGAGAUGGUGCACGAUCUGUUUAAGGUUCCGUUCCCCAACAUAAAGAUGGCGGCAUUGAAACUACUCUCCGCCAUAGUCGAUCAUCGCUGGGGACAGCAGUUCUUCCAGAACACUGCCGGCUUCAAUGAGCUGCUGCUGAACCGUAGGAUGGACAACGAUGUUAAUGUGGCGCAGUUUAAAUACGAUGUGAUAAAGAAGCUGUCGCUGUCCACGACGCUUGAAAGCUUUGUGGCGAAUGCACUGAAGCAGUACGUAUCGGACGGUGCAUUCUAUCGUAAGGCGGUUGUGGAGGUGGCGAUUGAAGGGGGCGAUCAGUGAACGGAAUAUUUUCUCUUAAACUUACAAAUCUAUUUUUUUUCAUUUACCACUCGUUUUAUACGUGUCAUAAAGGAAUAAACAUACGAAACACA